AUGACAAGCUCCACAAGUAACACAGGCGAUAUUCCCACAGAUGCUCUGGCUGAACCGGGCCCUGAUUGGCCAGCUGCAAAGAAAAUCUGGGGAUUGGCAUGGCAACUGCACUGGAUUGGCUUCGGUGUUCUGUUUGGCUUUCUGGCCGUUCACUCUAUGGUUGUCAUAGUGAUGGUGAAUAUAAGGAAGAGAUUUUGCCGUAAACCUUUGUUUCUAGCUAUCAACUUGCUCCUGUUCUUCCUUGGAGCUACGAGAGCAGUGUACAUGCUCCUGGAUCCGUACGAGUCCAGGGAAAAUGGAGUAGAGGAUCCUAAAUGGUUGACGCUUCUUCUCUUUGGUAUCGCCUAUCCGUGUUUAACAUCCGCGUUUUCUUUGAUACACCUGGCUUUUCUUGAGAUCACCAAAUUAAAAGCUGGCCCAAGCAAGUUGCAGAAUGUUAAGUUUUUAUCUGCAGUCAUAGUGCUCCACUUUAUUAUCGUCUUCACGGCCGAAACAACAUCAUCCAUCAAGCCCGAGCUUGAUGCACUGUUGAUAGUGUGCCAGUCAUUUUUCAUCCUCUGGAGCCUGUUACUUUCAGGUAGCUUCAUCUACAGCGGCUGCAAAUUAAUAAAACACGUAAACCAGGUUCAAAAACAGCUUUGCAUCAUCGAGAAAGACGAGUGCUCAAGAAACGCAAGACAGAAGGCGAGCACCACCAAAGUCGCAAAGAUUACUCUCAUUACCAGCCUCUUGGGCCUCGUUGUGUGCGGUUUGCACCUCUACUCCAUUAUUGGCGUGUACGGUAUGUACAGCAAAGUAGUUCACCCCUCACCUUGGCCAUGGCUGACUUUUCAAUCGUUUUGCCGCUUCGUGGAACUUGCCAUGGCGUCCACCAUUGCUUACAGCGUGAUGCAGGGGGAUAAAAGGCAGAGAAAAGGAAAAACGGUCCCUACUAAUUCGGGAGAGAAAGUAGAGCUAAGGACUUUAAGAGAGACGCAUUUGAAAAUUACCGAUUUUACCGAACCAAACUGA